AUGGAAAAGGGUGAGGCAAUUUCCAGCAAAAAACGUUUUUCAAACGCCACCAAGAAGACACAUCGCAUUUCUUAUGAAAAUGAGGACGCCGCACGUUCGGCGCUGAUCGAGUUCUGUAUCUAUGUCUGUUUUCUUGUGAUGACGCUAUUGGUGGCCUCUUCUUCACGCAACAUGUCUAUGUACUUCUUCAACAAAGGUAUCGAAAAUAUAUUCUUAUCGCGUGAAGUCAACACAUCCUCACACGAAGCAUCCGUGAGGUUCGCUGAAUUAGCCACUACAGCUGACAUGUGGGCAUUUCUAGAAACUAAAUUCAUCAUGGAUCUCCAUGGUGUAGAUGAUAGAGAAGGUGCAGUUGAAGAUGACAACGAAGGAAGUGAAAAUAGCAGCGGUGAGGGUAACACAGCUGGUAGUUCUGCGGAACGCAGACGCCGGUCCGCUGAGGACAAGCUUGUAUUUCUAGAACAAAAUCUAGUGUUGGGACCACCACGACUACGGCAGUUACGUGUGAAAGAGAAUAGUUGUAAUGUACAUAAUGUCUUCGGCAGGUAUUUCUCCAAGUGCUACGCAGACUAUUCGAGUAGUGAUGAAGAUACCACCGCCAUAUAUAAGGGCACCAAAUACAGUACGCUCAGCGCAUUAGGCGCUGAUUCGAUUUGGGGUCAAAUCACAACCUAUCGCGGUGGGGGUUUUGUGAGAAGUUUGUCUUACGACUUUAACGAAAAUAAUCAAAUUUUGUCUGAUUUGAAGUCAAGAAAGUGGUUGGAUCGUGCUUCCCGUUUAAUAAUGGUGGAAUUUACCCUCUACAAUGCCAAUAAAGAUUUGGUAAAUAAUAUUAAAUUCAUUGGUGAGUUGCCGUCAACCGGUGGUGUGGUCACCACUUAUAGCAUAGAGUCGGUGAAAUUGGCGUCAGUUUUUUGGAGAGAUGGCAUAGCGAUACUGGUGAUAGGUGUUAUAUUUUAUCUUUUCAUUUUGUAUUAUACCAUAGUUGAGAUUUUGGAAGUCAUACGCAUCGGUUUCACCAAUUAUGUGCGAAUACUGUGGAAUUUUGUGGACUUUUUAAUAAUUGUUUUAGCAUACUACACGCUAUUCUACAACAUUUGGCAUCCCUUUUACGUCAACGGGUUAUAUAAACGCUUUGAGAAGAACCCAAAUGAAUACCUGCAGCUUGACAAACUGUGCUUCUGGAACUUGACAUACCGCGCUGUCUUCGCCAUUUGCGCGUUUCUUGUGUGUAUGAAAAUAUUGAAAUUCAUUAGCUUCAAUAAAACAAUGCGUCAGUUCAAUGCAACAGUGAGCACAUGUUUUCGCGAUCUUUUGGGCUUCAGCGUUAUGUUCGGUAUCGUAUUUUUGGCUUACGCUCAGAUGGGUCUAUUACUGUUCGGUAAUGUACACUAUGAUUUUCGCAACUUCAAAGAGUCCUUGUUGACUAUGAUACGCAUGAUAUUGGGUGAUUUCGACUACGAGGGUAUCGAAGAGGCGAAUCGUGUAUUGGGGCCUAUAUACUUUCUGACAUACAUAAUAUUGGUGUUUUUCAUAUUACUGAACAUGUUCCUGGCUAUUAUUAAUGACACAUAUAGUAGCGUGAAGAGUGAUAUUAGAGGCGGCCGCAAUUAUUUGUCAACUUAUCUGCACAAGUUAAUAAAUAAAUACUGUCCGAAGUGUUGCCGUUUUGGUGAGCAAAAAGAUGAAGAGCUUGGUCCAUCAAGGGAGGGUACUCCAUCCCGCGAUGCGAGUCCACAGAGCAAUCAAACGAAACGUUCUGUUGGCAAGGAUAAUGUAGUAGAUUAUUUUGAACCCAUCGGACGACAACAAACGCAAGAUCCUGCGGCGAUUAGUCGUUUAACGGCACGUGUUGCAGCUUUGGAGGAUGUGAUCGAACAGCUGAUCGGAGAUGUGGAUCGGACAAUGCGCAAGGUUUUACCAAGUCGACGUCAACGACAAAAUGCCAGACAAAACUCGCCAUCUCAACGGGCGGAACGCUAA